UACUUUCUUCUAAUUUACAUAAUCACAAGGUUUUGAAUUAUUGUUUCUUAAUAAUUUGUUUUAAUGAAAUUUACUGUAAGUAGUUAUUAUUAUGCAUUUAAGAGUUGCAGAGUAUGCACACAAGAGGUGGUGUUUUGCCAGUGGUGUUGCUUCCCAUCUUCUCAUCUUCUUAUCAUCUUCUCAUCAUGAUGUAGUACUGCUUCUUUUAUCCAUAUACAGAGUUUUUUUAGUACCUUCUAAAAUAUUAUUUAUCUAAAAAUGCCAUUAACCAAAGGGAUUGAAAAGUAAUUGGCUAUUUUAGAGAGACUGACAAGAUUUUUUUAACAAUUGUCUUUAUAUUCACUUGUUAAAGCUUUGAAUAAAUGUAAGACAAUAGUGCAGUUUUUCAAAGGCUUAAGGUAAAUCUAGCAUUUACAAUCAGUAUUGGAAAUAGAGGAAAGGUUGGUAAUUUAAAAUUCUUUCAAAGUUGUUAUAGUAGAAUAUUAUUUUAAAUAGAGGAAAAAUGCAGAAAAAAGCUCAGGAUAAACUGUACUGAUUUCCUGAACCACCGAAAAAUGUAGUUUAAACUUUGCAUUUAGGCAGCUGCUCAAAAAUCUUGGUUCAAUUUAAUUUCUAAGUCAUUGGGAGCUCCCAGGUUUUGCCUGGAAAAAAGGUAAAAUUUCAUACUUAGGUUGUAAGGCUUGGAUUCCAUUAAGUUUCAUCAGCAGUGGUUGUCACACAUCUUUGGACAUCCAUCUUUUUCUUCCUGAUUAAAUUUUCUCGUAACAAAUACAUAAAUGGGGUGAGGAGGACAAUAGCUGAGAAAGAAGGCAAUAUGUCAGCUAGCUAGGACUUUUUUGAAGUUUAAUGAAUAAUUUUUCACAUUAGGGUCCUUGGUCUUUCUGGAAGCAGUAAUCUGGGAGCACAUAUGGUUUCUAAGACAAUGCAUAUUAAAGAAACCAGGAUGGGCUAUAGUGCAUGGUUUUUAUAAAAAUAAAAAGAGAGUCUCAAAUAUUCAUAUUCUGUGCCUCCAAUGGAAAAGUUUGAAAAACACUGAUCUGAUAUUAUGCUUUAAAUGGUGUUUUAGUGCAGUUUGUCCAAAGUUGCUACAUAGAUAUUCUGUAGGAAUGCUUCCUACGUGUACCGAAGGCAGAAAUGUAGCUGAGAUUCUGGCACAGCCUUUGUUUUCCAAAAAUACAGUGCAAAUUCACAAGAAAGUCUAACAGAAGAUCUUCAGUAACAAACUGAACAAGCAUCUUGCUUAGGCAUAUGUUUCUAUCCAUUAUGAGAACAUGCUGAGAUUGUUUCAUACUAGUGAAGCAGUGUCUUAUCAAGAAAUCCUGUCAGUCUUUUAUAAAUUAUCUUUUUCAGUGUUGUCCUUCUUCCCCUCCACUCUUCUGUUUCAUUUCACAUGACUGGACUUUGUACCCAUAUACUGAUAAGUGCACAGCCAUCUUGUUUGCAUAGGAGAGGCAAAAAGAAACAAUUCCGUGCUGCAAGGAAGAAGAUGGGGCUCCUUUUACUUCUAAUAAUUUGCCAGUGUGCCAUAAAUAGUAUCAAAACACACAGUGUUUCAAAGCCCAAUAUAAUUUUAUUGAUGGCUGAUGAUCUCGGUAUUGGAGACCUGGGAUGUUACGGGAACAGAACCUUAAGAACCCCUAAUAUUGACAGGUUAGCAGAGGAAGGAGUGACACUUACUCAGCAUGUAGCAGCAUCCCCACUUUGUACUCCAAGCAGGGCAGCUUUCCUGACAGGGAGAUAUCCUAUAAGAUCAGGAAUGGCUGCCUUCUCACGAGUUGGUGUCUUCUUAUUUUCUGCCUCUUCUGGUGGACUUCCUUCUGAGGAAAUAACUUUUUCCAAACUCCUGAAGCAGAGAGGUUAUGCAACAGCUCUAAUAGGAAAGUGGCAUCUUGGGAUGAACUGUGAAAGCAGUAAUGACUUCUGUCACCACCCCCUCAGUCAUGGAUUUGAUUACUUUUAUGGCCUUCCCGUGACCAAUCUGAGAGACUGCAAACCUGGCCAAGGCAGCGUGUUUUUAAAGGGGGUUCAGAAACACCUUGUCAUCCCAAUCCAAAUCACUGGAAUUGCCAUUGUGUCUUUGGCAAUAGUGCAGUACAUUGGCCUUCUCAAAGUACCCUUCCAAGCAUUGGGUUACUUCUUGUUAAUAAUCACAAUUUCACUUGUGAUUUUGAUUUUUUUCUUCUAUCAUUUUCGACACCUAAACUGCUUUUUAAUGAGGGACCAUCAGAUUAUCCAGCAGCCACUGUCCUAUGAGAACCUUACUAAGAGGCUGACAAAAGAAGCCGUGCAGUUUAUUGGAAGGAACACUGGUACACCAUUUCUUCUUGUCCUCUCUUAUCUUCAUGUCCAUACUGCUCUAUAUGCUUCAGAAAGUUUCAAAGGAAAGAGCAAGCAUGGGUUAUAUGGUGAUGCAGUGGAGGAAAUGGACUGGAGUGUAGGGCAAGUUCUGAAUGUACUGGAGAAGCACAAUCUGAGUGACAAAACUCUUGUAUACUUUACAUCUGACCAAGGUGCUCAUGUUGAAGAAAUCUCCAGUGCUGGAGAAGUCCAUGGAGGAUACAAUGGUAUAUAUAAAGGUGGAAAAUCAACGAACUGGGAAGGAGGUAUUCGUGUGCCAGGUCUUCUCCGCUGGCCUGGAGUGGUGCAGGCUGGUGCCCAUAUUGAUGAACCAACAAGUAACAUGGAUAUAUUUCCUACUAUAGUUAAACUUGCAAAUGCACAGUUACCCUCUGACAGGAUUAUUGAUGGACAUGAUCUGCUACCUUUACUUCAAGGAAAAGUUACUCGAUCUAAGCAUGAAUUUCUUUUCCAUUACUGCAAUGCAUAUUUAAAUGCAGUGCGCUGGCAUCCAGGAAACAGUGAAUCUGUCUGGAAAGUGUUCUUCUUCACUCCAAACUUCAGUCCUGAGGAUUCCAAUGGUUGCUAUGAUUCUCACGUUUGUUUCUGCCAUGGAGGAUUUGUUACACGACAUGAUCCUCCACUGCUCUUCGAUCUGUCCAGAGACCCUGAAGAGAAAGUCCCACUGACUCCAGAAACUGAGAGCCGUUUCUACGAAAUCCUCAGGAUUGUGCACCAAGCAGUAGACAACCACACCAGAUCCCUGCAUGCUGUUCCUAACCAGCUGUCAUGGGACAACCUUCUAUGGAAACCAUGGCUCCAGCUCUGCUGCUCAUCUCUCUUUCAGUCUUGUUAUUGUGACUAUGAGUCAGGAGGGAGUCCACUGCAGCUGCAUUUGGGAUAAACAAGCUGCAAUUCCCUUUCAGAAACUGGACCUGCAGAGUGAGGGUGUCUGACUUGAAUCUGUGGUUUUGUUGUGUUGGAGAAGGAUCAGUCUUUAAAUACAUAUUGCAGUAGAAGAGAAUUUCAAUCAAGAAAACCUGACAAGAGUGGGAAGGCAAGACACACCUCCUCUGUCUUUAUCACACAGCAUGAAGGACAUGUUGCCAUCCUCAUCUAUACAUGGGUAGACUUGAAGGCAUUUUCUAUGGGUGAUAGUUUUCUAAAGCUUCAGCUUGAGCUUUUUUCUUACACAGCAAAGAAUUUACCUAUUGGUUCUGUCAAUCACAACUACUGAAUCAUAACUGCUAAAUGCAAACUUUCCUGUCCUUUUUACUAAGUGUUAUCCAUUAGUAGGACAUAGCACUGAGUAAUUGAAAACAGAGAGAUAAUAGUGGAGAGUGACAGUUAUUUGUUAACUGAUGGAUAGAUUAAGAGGAGACUUGCAGCAGAUCUCUAUCAACAGCCUUGACACUUAUGAAAAAACUGACAGAUUGCCAGCAGUCUAACUUUGAAUGUGCCAUAAAAAUGCACAGAGCUAUGGUAGUGGAAGACCUUGUGUCCGUAUUAAAAUGGUGCUCCCCAGCAUCUCUGCUUGUCAUGUCCUAUUGCAUGACAGCAACUUUUGUUUCAAAAGGAUACCAAGUGCACCAGCUGUGUGCUUGAGUGUCUACCAUAUAUAUAUAUAUAUAUGCACAAGCUGAAUUUGUAGCCCAUAAAUCCUUCAGUCCCUGAUAAGGGACAUAAGGGAUCAUAAGGCACACCCUUAUGAUCAUAUUCCAGUUGUCUUCCUUUAAAUAUCUUUGCCAUCUUUUAAGCUCUUUGAAUAGGAUCUAUCAUUUUCUGAAAAUAAGCUUGGGCUUGAGUACUUAAAGCCAAAUAUAACUGUGUCUGAGUUCUUAGCAAGGUCUAGGGAAAUCUACUGUCCUCAAGGGCUAAUUUUUGUAUCCAUUUUUAUCUCUUUCUUAUUCAGGCACAUUUUCUUUCCACUCUACAGGCAGAGAAACUAUUUUCUUUGGCAUAUUGCAGACGAAAAGAUGAUAUCAGCAAAAUACUAAAAUGAUUUGAUGCCUGAUAAUAGAAGGUGACUUGCUCCUUAUCAGAAAGCAGUGGCUAAUUCCCACAUUACAAUGCAUUAAGACCUGUUUGGGGAAAAAGGGAUAUGUGAUGAUAGUAAUGCAGUAGCUUCAGUCAGCCAGCAUUAAGGUUGUGACCCUGUUCUUGUGAGCUAUUGAAGCCUUUCCUUUAAAAAUAUAUUGUGAUAAAUGGUGUAUUCCUCUGUCUGCAAAACCUAGGCUUUAUUUGAUUUUUCUGUUGCAGUUUCAUUCAGAAUUUCAUUCUCCAUAAUACCCAGGAGCCUGUCCUAGGAAAUGUACUUUUUCUUUGAAGUCCUAUUUUUUAAGUUUCACCUUGUGUUCAUGAUCUUAAUUAUGACCUCAGCAAACUCUCUAUAGGAGGCAAAGCCCCAUGACCAAUAUUUAUUACUCAAUGUACUACAUAACCUUAGGAAGAAAAAUGCCUCACAUUUGAAUACAAACAUUAUUCCAUGAGAGUGGCUGCGUUUCAAUGUCAUAGCAGGAUCCAUACAUACCAAAUUUUUGGUCCUCACCAUGUGGCCCUAGAACCCCUUGGGGCAUGGCACUGGUGCCAGCAUGUCCCUCCCUGCAGCCAAAGGGCAGCCCCAGCUGUGGCCAGAGUGCCAGAGCACCGCAGUGGAGAGGGAUGCUCUUUCCAACUCUCACAGCUCUGCCACAGCUUACACAAAAGCUUUUCAAACAAGUACUCCUGAAGAAAAAGGGAAAAAUAUGUGGUAUGUCCAGUGUACAGUGCUAACUCAGAAAAUGGGUUUGGUGUCAUUAGAUCUACAUUGUUUCCAUAGUUUCUGGACCAUGACCUUUACGGAGAUCUCAAUUAAUAUUCUCAAGGACACCCACACUGACUUUUUUUUAAUCAGGAAGAUGCUGUGUUGCUAUUAUUUCUUUUUCUUUCUUUCUGCAGGUGCAAGAAUUCUUUGUUCUUCUAGGCACAACUGUUAUUCUGUGCUGCUUGAUCAAAGUAUCAAAAAUGUUGACUUUUCUACUGCUCUGAUUUCUUCUUGAGUAAAUAUGAUGUUUCUUUCAUACCCCCCUUGGCUUUUGAUGCUAUCUUUCUAAUCUUUCUUAAAACAUCCACACCCCCGAAAUACUUUUCCACCUAUUUCUUUGCCACUAAAUCAUUUUGUUUGCUUGUCAUGUUGAGUGUAAUGGCUAUUUUGCCCUAAUCAAUCAGCAAAUGAAAAGUAGUCUUUGUAAUAGAAUUUGACUUGUAGCACUCAUUAAUUCUGCUAACCUCCUGCUUAUUUAAGGUCCAACGAGAAUUGACUUUGCAUUAUGAAAUAUAAGUAAUUAAACAUACCUGAGAUGCCCCAAAUAAUAUAAUAUAUAUAUAUUUUGUGGAACAAACUUCAUAUUUUCCAAAAUAUAAUUUAGUACAACAUUUAAUACUUUGACAUAAGCUGUAAAAUCUGAAAUGCAUUCUUACAGUUGUUCCUUCAAGAAAGAUUCUGUAAAGAACAGGGCAGUAUUUUUCAUACUUUAUGUUAAUACCAUUUAAUUUAAUACCUAAAAUAAACAUUCCCUGUAUUGCAAAUGUA